GCGGGAACUUUUCAAAGUUGCAGCCAUGGUCCUCAUCUCCCGAAGAAACUGGCCUGAAAACUCGGAGGCGAAGGCAGGCGAUGGGAUCGAAGCAGGCAGCCGUGUGGUGGUGUUGAACGGCCGGAACUUUCCAUCUUUCACAGCAGGUGACCAGGGUCGAGUGAUCCGAGUGGACAAAGAGGCACUGAAUUGUGAAGUUCUAUUCGAUGGUGCGAAGCAGCCAGUUCCAGUGGCCUUGAGACACCUGAAGCUCGGUGCAAGUGGCGCAAGUGUGAACGGGCGUGCACAGGGCGAUGUGGAAGGUGAUCGGGAUCACGGGGAGUCCUCAGGUCGACGCAAGUCCAGCCUGUCAGAUGGCCGAAGCCGCUCUGCAAGCCCCAGACGGUCUGUGGUCUUUGAGCCGGUCACGGACUCUUUCGAGCAGAGGCUGCGAGCUUGUGAGGUGGCCCUGGAUAGCAGCUCCCAAAUUACUCCACGCAAGGCCAGGAGGGAUGGGAGGGAUGUGGAAGAUCAGCUGAGUGUCGAGGACCGACUCCUACAGAUCGAGCAACGUAUCAAGGGUGAGGUGGAAGUCCUAGCGAAGCAGCUCCGGGAAGCAAUCACCUUUGGGCAAGCACAGGAGUCGAGAGCUAAUGCCUUGGAACGGCAUCUCAAAAACAGUGGUAUUUCAUUGCCAGGAAGCGGUGUGAUUCCAGCUGCACCACCUGCACCCAACUCGCCCUUCAACUCGGGGCCCCUCUACCUUUCAGCUGCCUUGCCACCACGACUGUGUGCUACACCAGGGCGCUCGCCUACUCCCCCAACAGGGCCAGCAGGGCCUUGCAUUUCUGAUGAAAUUUGUGGCAGCUGCGGGGCUCUCAACAAGGCUGGCUCCAAAUAUUGUAUCAAAUGUGGCCAAGGGCAAGAUCAUCCGGGCCAAGAUCGUGACUCAGAGCGCGGUCUUCGCCGCCCUCUUUCAGCAACAGCCCUUCCAGCCUCAGGGUCAUGCCAACCUGCAUCAUACGUCAGAGGUUCAUCCUAUUUGGCCCCAGUUCCAGCACAUCCAGGGCAGUCUGGCUCCGCUCAACUUCUUCAGGCUACACAUUCUGCGAGCCUCCCGAUGGCAAAUCCUCAAAUGAUGGCAUUGCCAAGCUCGCAGCCGACCUUGCCAUCAGGUAUGAUCAUGCCUGAUCUGGAAGCCUGCGGCGUGAGUCCUGCCCCUCACAUCUCUGCAACUGGCUUCACGCCACCACCAGUGCCACCACACGGACCAAUCCUGACCCCGAGGCUUGUGCUCCCGCCGCAUCCGUUUGGCUGAGCAAAUUGCAUGCUGCCCUCCCUGCACCAAUUCGUACCAUAUUCGGCAUGAAGGCAACGAGCUUAGGAGAAAUCCUAUUCGUGCCCCUGCGCCUGCAGUGCUGCUGAAUGCGAUCGAAUGCUGUCAAAUGCACCUCAUGAAGCUUUCUUUAUGCUCCGGAAAUGGC